AUGGAUGAUAUUCGUCUCGAAAACCCAGAUGCAGAGUUCGAUGAAGGAGAAGAUCCGCCUACCAUUGACGAUGAUCAAGACGUUGACUAUUUGCCUGAGGAAGAUGCCUCCGACAUCGAACAGGAAGAAAUAAUCGAGGAAAGUGAGGAGAGUGAUGAGAGUGAUGAGGAAAUUGAAGGCGAUGUAUUCGACGAUCCGGAUGACAAAGAUUCUUUUUUCUACGGCACCGAUGGUACAAAGUGGAGUAAGGAUGAGCCUCCUACGGCUGUUCAAAUUCGCCAGUACAACACGUUGCGAUUUCGCUCCGGUCCCAAGCAACAGCUCUCCGAUCCUCGAGAGGUGUUCAAAAAACUGUUCACCCCAAAUAUUUCACUCAUUAUCAUUUCGGAAACGAAUCGUUACGGAGGAGAGGCAGUUCAGUCGUGGAACCAAGCUCAUCCAGAUUCGAAACGAAAACAUUGGGUUGACUUGAGCAGCACCGAGCUUGAUGCCUUUGUUGGUAUUCUCCUGGCCAUGGGUGCCUCGCACAACAAUAUGCAGAAAGCGUCGGAUUUGUGGCGCUCCGACGCGUUGCCCAUCUUCCGUUCGGCGAUGUCCUACCAUCGCUUCCGAGUUUUGACUCGAUAUAUUCGGUUUGAUAACGGCCGAACUCGCGAACUUCGAAAGAGAGUCGAUAAAGCAGCAGCCAUUCGGGAUAUAUGGAAAUUGUUGAACGAGAACCUCAAAGACAAUUACGAUCCGCACGAGAAUGUCACCAUCGAGGAGCAACUGUUUCCAUACCGGGGCAAAACUAAGUUCACUCAGUACAUUCCAUCAAAGCCGGCGAAGUAUGGAAUCAAAGUGUGGUGGGCAUGUGACUCCAGGACGAGGUAUCCCUUGCAGGGAAAACUCUACUGUGGCCGAUCAGAGAAAGGGGAGCGAGAGGUUGGUCAGAACGAAAAUGUGAUGAUGCAGUUGGCCAACCGAUACCAGAAGAGUGGCCGAACGAUAAUAGCCGAUGACUCCUUUGUCACCUUGGACGGAGCCAAGCGCCUGGCUGCCAUUGGACUCGAAUUGGUCGGCCCCAUUGGAUCCAAAAAGCGUUGUAUUCCCCCCGAAAUGAAGGAGAGCAGCUCUAGACCAGUGCUCUCGUCCGUGUUUGGUUUCCAUGGAAACUCUGUUUCCAUCUGCAGUUAUGUGCCCAGAAAGAACAAGGCGGUCAACUUGCUUUCCACCAUCGAAUUUUUCUUCGGAGUGGACGAGACGUUCGGUCGGCAGUUCUAUCGCUACAUAGAACUACACAGUUUCCUACUCCGCGAACUCACUCCGCGAGAACCGAAUGAAAAUAGAGAGGAGACGGACAAGGUGGAGCUGAGGAAAUCAACGGUUAAGCCAGCGAAAACGGGCUAA